CUUUGUCUUCUUCCUCGCUUCCUUCUCCUCCUUUUCUUCUCUCCCCCCAACAGCCUCUCCUCCCUCCUUACACUGAAUUCCGCGCUCCUUCUCCCUCCCUCCCGCGCGCGCGUGGACAAACACGAAGCUUCUGAACCUGCCAAGUCAGAAGAAAGAAUCCGCCUUUGAGUUUUUUUUUUCUUGGCGAUCUGGGUUCUUCCGCUGGGGGAUUUGAGCGUUUUCCUUGAGAAAUUUGAGUUUCUUUGAGAGGAUUUUGUGUUUUCUCGUGAGAGAUUCCUGUGAAGGAAGUCGCCUUCGAUCCAUUUUCUUGGGCAUUCGGAUUGUUCCUAUAUAGCGUCAAAGAAUCCAACUUUGACUUUUCCUUGGGCGGCUUCUUCCGCUCUGUGUUGUCGACGAGACAAUUUGAUUUUUUUUAUUUAAUUGGGGUGGAGGCAGGAUUGGUGGUUGGGUGCUUGUUCAGUUCGAGUGGUUGGAUACCAUCCCUCGUGGUGAUUUUUGUGCUUCUCUGAAGAGUUGGGGGCGUCAAAUUUGCCACCUGCAGUGUUUCUUGGGAGGAUUUGGUGAAUUUCGGUGGAAGGGCAGAGCUUCCUUCAAUCCUCCGUCCUCGUCUUCAAGAAUUUGGGUGAUUGGGGGUAUCUUUAGAUUAUCCGUGGUACAAAAAGGCUUAAACUUGGAGUCCUGUUAUAUUUCUUUUUUGGGAGAAUCUGGUCUUCAUUUCUGGUGAUUCCUGUUGAGUUGGUUGAGAUGAAAGGAGCACUAUGGUAACUCAUUUUGGGGAAAGGAGUCCAGUCAGUACUUCUCUGUGAAAAAAGUGACACUUCUGUGCUUUCCUUUGGAGGACUGUGGCCUGUUCCUCCAAGAAUUUGGUAAAGAAAGGUGUGAGUUCUAGAAUUUUAUUUGCACAGGAGGUGCUCAAUUCCGCAUCGCAGAUCCAAAUUGACCGAUGGCGCAAUCUGAAAUUCCUCCAUUUAGGGACUGGGAAACCACUGGAAACACCAAAGAUGCACGUAAGAACAAGAAAACAGGAAUUCCUGCUCAACAAAAUGAUCCAAGACGGAACCCUGAACCUCCUCGUAAGUCACCUUUGCACCCAACGGCCUACAAAACCGAUCCUCAAAACCAAGGUCCAAGGAAUCCAACACAUCGACCCAGACCUGAAACUGAUCACCAACGACACUCCGACCACCCUACUCACCGUGAGUCUGCUCCACGAAGACAUACAAAUCCUCAGCGAGAACAAGGGGGCAAUGCUGGUGCACCAAGAAGCCCCUACAGAACAGCUGCUGGAUCUGCUUCACCAAUGCAGCCAAGCAACCAAUCAAAGCCGAAGCACAGGUCGACUGGAGUGCAGACUCCAGAAAGGAGGGCAUCUUCAGAAGGGUACGGCCAGCAUACCCCUGGAAGGAGCAGGAUGAAGCCGAGUGACCGAAGCUAUGAGCCUGAAGAGGAAGUGGCGGUACCACCAUUUGGUGAAUGGGAUGAUGCAAAUGCAGCAUCAGGUGAAAAGUACACUGGUAUCUUCAACAGGGUGAGGGACGAUAGGUUAUCACCUAACACUUCUGCUAGGCAACCAUCCACUUCCCGUGCAGAGGAGAAUAAGGCGCAACAGAAAUGUUUUUGCUGCAUACUUUGAGAAAAUGAGGAUAGGAUCUCCAAGAGUUCUGGACAACUUCCUAUGCUGCUCCUGUGAUUAUAAGAUCACUAUUCUUGCAGACUCUUCCUUCCUGUGCUAGUUGUCAUGUUUGCUAUUGCUGGUGUGAUUAUGUAUCUGUAAUUGAGUUGUUCCAUUUAAGCUCUUCGCGUGCAAGGAGCAUAUAUAUAUGAUACCAUUUAGAUUUGUAAAGUAUGAAGCGAGGUAUUUCCUUGCGGAUAAUAAAAAGUUUCUCGCCUCUGGAAAUUCCAGACUGGUUAUAUGGAUA